AAUAGACUUCUUGAUAGUUUGGCACAACCCAACGAAUAGGCCGGAGUUAGUAGUCCCCCAUGAAGAUAACAUAGCAUCUUGGAGGGCAAAAACGAUCACAGAAAAACAGUGGCAUGACAACACAAGGUUAGCCUGGGAUAUCUCGCCUGCUCUAGCAGUCUAUUUACCGACUAGAUUUAGGACAAAUGACGCAAUUAUACACGAAAUAAAAUCGCAUACUCAAAUGAGUCCGACGUCUGUUUUCCAUAUACCGGAAGCUCUGCAAUAUUUGGUGACAACUGAGGCCAUUUUACUCGAUAGUCCAAAGCUUGUCAACAUGCUCACUUGGGCAGCUGUUACUCCUAUCCAAGCUCUAGCGUAUUUCAGUAGACAAUUUCCUUCGCAUCCUAUAUCCGCUCAAUAUGCUGUCAGAGUACUGAGUUCGUAUCCAGCAGAUGCCGUGCUUUUUUACAUUCCACAGUUGGUUCAAGCUUUGAGACAUGAUAAGGUAAGAAUUCAAAGGUGAAAAUGCAUUUGGAUUUGAUUAUAAUGUUUCAGAUGGGCUAUGUGACUGAAUUCAUCAAAUACAUAGCUAAAAAGUCGCAGAUAGUGGCACACCAGCUGAUAUGGAACAUGAAAACCAACAUGUAUAUCGACGAAGAUAUGCAGCAGAAAGAUCCUGUUUUGUAUGAAGUUCUCGAAUCUUUGGUGAAUAGUAUAGUGACUGAUCUUUCUGGCCCGGCAAAAUCGUUCUACGAAAGGGAAUUCGACUUCUUCGAUAAAAUAACCAGCAUUUCUGGCGAAAUACGUGUUUUCCCGAAGGGACCUGAGAGAAGAAAAGCCUGUCUAGAAGCUCUAAGCAGAAUUAAGGUCCAACCAGGUUGCUACCUUCCCAGCAACCCUGAAGCAAUGGUUCUGGACAUCGACUACAAAAGCGGCAUUCCUAUGCAAAGUGCUGCCAAAGCUCCUUAUCUAGCUCGUUUCAGGGUAGCCAAAAUAGGCAUAAAGGAGCUAGAGAACAUAGCAAUGGCCAUAUCAGAGAACGACUUCAAUUUGGAAACUCAAAGUUUGGGACCUGAAAUGUGGCAAGCUGCCAUCUUUAAAGUUGGUGAUGACGUCAGGCAGGAUAUGUUGGCCCUGCAAGUUAUCAGUAUAUUCAAGAAUAUAUUUCAGACUGUUGGGUUGGAUCUAUACCUUUUCCCGUAUAGGGUAGUUGCAACAGCUCCUGGGUGUGGUGUUAUAGAAUGCGUGCCUAACGCAAAAUCAAGAGAUCAAUUGGGGCGUCAAACUGACAUAGGCAUGUACGAGUACUUCCUCAAGAAGUAUGGCGAUGAAAGUACCAAGGAAUUCCAAAAUGCCAGAAGAAAUUUCAUAAUUUCUAUGGCGGCGUAUAGUGUUGUUGGGUUCUUGCUACAAAUCAAAGACAGACAUAACGGCAACAUUAUGUUGGAUACUGACGGGCAUAUUAUACAUAUCGAUUUUGGAUUCAUGUUUGAAUCUUCACCUGGAGGAAAUUUGGGCUUUGAACCAGACAUCAAGCUUACUGACGAGAUGGUUAUGAUUAUGGGUGGGAAGAUGGAAGCACCUGCAUUCAAAUGGUUCUCAGAUCUGUGUGUACAGGCGUAUUUAGCAGUCAGGCCCCAAUGCGAAGCAAUUAUCUCGUUGGUCUCUCUGAUGUUGGAUACGGGACUUCCCUGCUUCAGAGGUCAAACCAUCAAGCUGCUGCGUGGAAGAUUCAGUCCAGGUGUGACUGACAAAGAAGCGGCUGCUUAUAUGUUGCAAAUUAUUAGAAAUAGUUUCUUGAACUUCCGCACUCACGCUUAUGACAUGAUUCAGUAUUAUCAAAACCAAAUUCCAUAUUAAUCAUAUUCGAAUAUUGUGUUGUUGAUUGUUAGUUAUUUUUUUGUUGAAGGUUGAUAUUUUAACCAGGUGAUAUUGUGCAUUUCCUUAACCUUACUAAAUGUCAUAUUUAUGUAUAGAGCUGUUAACUAUAUCACAAAUAUAUUAUUUAUGGUUC